AUGCCCAUCCCGCGGCGCAACAAUUUGCAGCGAAGAGGUUCCACGGCCGGCUCCUACCCCAAUCGAUACAUGGGACCCAACCUUCACUUCAUUGAGGAGGUCCAGGAUAUGUCUCCCGCAGACUUCCUCGCCAAGUCACAGGAUGACUAUCAAACACCAACUAUCUCGUUGACGCCUCCCAUAGCUGUGGAGCGCGGUGAGUUCCACAUCAACCAGAUGUCUCAGCUCACGUCUCCGUAUUCUUCAGCAAUAGAGUCGCCAGGAGGAGUGUUUACUCCGAUGACGGCCACUAGUGAUUCGAGCGUGACGGCUCCGUCAACAGUGUUGUCGGAGCCCAUGUCUCGAAGCAACACAAAUGAUGUUCUCUGUGAAGGCUUUGGGAUGUUUCGCAUGGACUCGAUGUCGAUGCCGAAAGAUCACAAAGCCUCGCGCAGCAUGAUGGUCGAUUCUCAGUAUCCCCAGGAUGCUGAAUCGACUCAACAAUUUCCUUUUUCCUCUUCUGUGGUUGGAACCGGUUUCGGUUACAACGAGUUUUCCCAUUUGUCUUUUCAGGAUGAUGAGCUUCAGUCAUCGUCGUCUCCUUCUAGUUUUGAGAUGAAGAAGUCGCCUUCCUCUGGAAGCGAUGCUUCAUCUGUUUCUGUUUUGUCUCAGUCUCAUUCAUCGACGCGAGGGAUUCCGCAGGAAGUCAUUCCUCGUAGCAGUAACACAGUCUCACGACCUCUGGCUCCUAAGAUGGAGCGUGCUCAGGAGGCAUCGUUGCAACCAGUCGAGAUGCCAGCACCCAGACUUGUUGCUGUUCAAGGAGCGGACGGUACAGUAAAACACAAGGCAGAGAUCACACGCACAGUCCGACAACAGCCUCCACGUAAGACGACAUUCUGUCAGUUCUGUAACGAUCAACCCCAGGGCUUUCACGGCGAUCAUGAGCUUCGUCGACACAUUGAGCGCCACCAUUCCCAGGUGCGACGGGUUUGGAUCUGCAAAGAUGCCUCGACCGACGGCAAGUUCUUGUCGAAUUGCAAGGCAUGCCGCAGCCGCAAGACAUACGGCGCCAACUACAACGCCGCCGCCCAUUUGCGUCGUGCCCACUUCAACCCGUGCAAGAACCGACGUGGCGGCCGGGGCAAGAAAAGCGAGGGCCGCGGCGGCAUGGGUGGUGGCAACACACCACCUAUGGAGUUCCUCAAGCACUGGAUGUACGAAGAGCUGGAACUCAACGUCAACGGCCGCGUGAUUGUGCAAGACAUCAAUGUCCCCAACACGACCUUCCAGCCUGCAGUUGUCAACGAACAUAUCAAAUGUGCCUCGAAUGCCAACAACAACGGUGCCGAGAGCAAUAUGAGCAGUGCCAACUUCGAGCUUACCGCCGACAACGACAUGCUGCAGAAUGCGGGCAUGCCUAUGUUAGAUCUCACCCAAGAGCCGCUGUUUUACGACAACAUUCUUGCUGCCGAGAAUUUUGUCAACAACGUCACCAUGUCGAUGCCCCAGGAUGCAAUGUACAACGCAAGUGGCUUUGUCUUCCCCGCCGAGGGCUCGAACUUUGGCUUUCGGCAGUUUUGA